UCGCGUGUUUGAAUUCGCCGGUCGCUUUUUUGACCUAAAUUGGACUCGGAUUUAGGCGUUCGUGUUCGUUGCGAAUCGCAUUCUCGCCGCCCGCGUUGCUCCUCGCGAUUCUGUAAUCGGUGAGGAGCUGCUGCUGGGGGUUACUUUGUUCGUCCGCAUUUCGGCGCGGAUCUCGAUCAGGUUAUGGUGCGGCCGCAGGGAUUGAUUCUGCCGUGACGAGCUGCAUAGCUCGAAGGAGGUUUUGGAAUCGUUCCUCCCUUCUUCUUUGGGAUCGGAGGAUUUUGUUUAGGUGUGGGGGAGUUCUGUUCGGCUUGAGUUUCGAUAAGAGCGAUGGAGGCGCGCGCGAAGAACGAGAAAGGAGGGCGGCGAUCGAACGGGCGUAAUCCGGUCGGAAAGCCGGGCCCGGCGUCGAUGGAUCACGUGCUGCUGGCGUUGGGGGAGACGAAGGAAGAGAGGGAGCAGAGAAUCAGGAGCAUGUUCGGCUUCUUCGAUGCCGAGAAUGUUGGCUACUUAGAUUAUGCGCAGAUCGAGACCGGCCUCUCCGCCUUGCAAAUACCUUCGGGGUACAAGUACGCGAAGGAUUUGCUGAACGUGUGCGAUGCCAACAAGGAUGGGCGCGUGGAUUACCAGGAGUUUAAGCGGUACAUGGACGACAAGGAGCUCGAGCUUUACCGCAUUUUUCAAGCCAUUGAUGUGGAGCACAAUGGUUCCAUUUUGCCUGAGGAGCUGUUUGAUGCUCUCCUUAGGGCAGGCAUUAAAAUUGAUGACGCGGAGCUUGCCCGUUUUGUUGAGCGUGUGGAUAAGGACAAUAAUGGGGUCAUAACCUUUGAAGAAUGGAGAGAUUUUCUUCUGCUUUACCCUCACGAGGCAACUAUGGAGAACAUUUAUCAUUACCUGGAAAGAGUUUGCCUUGUUGAUAUUGGAGAACAAACUGUGGUACCAGAGGGCAUUAGUAAACACGUCCAUGCAAGCAGAUAUCUUAUCGCAGGAGCCGUGGCUGGAGCAGCAUCUCGUACUGCAACUGCCCCACUUGACCGGUUGAAAGUUAUUUUACAAGUGCAAACCACCCGUACUCGUAUAAUGCCUGCAAUAAAGUCAAUAUGGAAUGACGGAGGUCUUAUGGGAUUUUUCCGGGGCAAUGGAUUAAAUGUUGUGAAAGUGGCACCUGAGAGUGCUAUAAGGUUCUAUACUUAUGAAAUGCUGAAACGUGCCAUUGUGACCGCACAAGGAGGAGAAGAUAAGGCCGAAAUCGGGCCUAUGGGGCGCCUUCUUGCUGGUGGUUUAGCAGGAGCUGUAGCACAAUCAGCUGUUUAUCCCAUGGAUCUUGUGAAAACUAGAUUGCAAACUCAUGUUCCUGACGGAGGGAAGUUUCCUAGUAUAGGACAAAUGACUAGGGAUAUAUGGGUUCAGGAGGGGCCUCGGGCAUUUUAUAGGGGGGUUGUUCCAUCUCUGAUUGGGAUAAUUCCUUAUGCUGGCAUUGACCUUGCUGCAUAUGAAACCUUCAAAGAUUUGUCCAAGGAGUACAUUCUUCAGGAUGGUGAGCCUGGCCCUCUAGUGCAGCUGGUCUGUGGGAUGACCUCUGGAGCUCUUGGAGCUAGUUGUGUCUACCCUUUGCAAGUCGUAAGGACAAGAAUGCAAGCCCAGCGCCCCAAUACAGAUGCUGCAUACAAAGGCAUGUCAGAUGUAUUUAGGAAAACAUUUAAACAUGAGGGGCUUAGGGGAUUCUACAAAGGAAUCUUCCCUAAUUUGCUCAAAGUUGUUCCAUCAGCAAGCAUUACUUAUAUGGUUUACGAGACUAUGAAAAAGAGACUACAUUUGGAAUAGCAAGUUAUGCAAACUUUUCCAGUUGCUACUGCGGGAUUGACUAGGCUGACAAAUGGAGGGGUGGUUUCAUGAGGAAGACAUUAAUAAGGUUACUCAUUUUUGGUAGAUCCUAUGGUUAUUUGUCUAAUUUAUAAUCCAGUGCUAGUUUAAGAUAUAUUGGAAGGGGCGAAAUUGGCUUGCCCACGAUCUGGUAGCUCAAACCCUCUUUUUUGGAGCGAUUACCAACUACCCAUGUUGUAUGAUACAGAAAGCACACGGCAUAAGAUUGACAGGAACCUGAUUUUGUUAUUCUUUCUGGCGGCAAUUUAAUCAGAAUCUCCAGUUAUGGAUAUA